UAAACCAGCUGUGGCUGAGGGCGGGAAAUAGUUGAAGUGUGAAAGCCGGGUUGUGUGGAUUUAUAUCAGGAUUUAUAUCAGGAUUUAACUUGUAUUAAUGAAUUUUAUAAAUCUGUAAAGCGCCGCUAUGAACAGGUACGUGCUGGCUGUGCUGGUGAACCUGGAGCCGGAUAAACUUGGCGCCUGUGGCGGGUUUGAGACAUCCAGAAGGAUUUAUGACAAGCUUGUGGAGAUUUCCAGCUCUAGCUCUUCAUCAGAGCUCCCUCCUUUCCCAGCCUGCUCUCUCAGUGGAAGUCCAGGCCUGCAGAAAUGCUACUUCGCCGUCCAGAUGACUUACGGAUUAGCUCAGUUCUGCAGUGCUGAGUGGGAGGAGGUGUGUGUGGAGCGCAGUGACAGUGAGGAGACGGCGCCCUCUGCAGUGGACAGCUGUAUCAGCGCUGUACAGGACCAGGAGGAGUCUGAGAGCACAACCCUCACAGAACUAUUUGAGGAAGCAGCUGAAGCUCUUCAUCAGCUGGCGGAUAAACUCCCGCCCCCAGGGCACUUUCUGCUGGAUGUGCUGAUGUUGUGUGAGGAUAAGGAGGGGUUGAAGGAGUUCUUGCCUGUGAUUGGAGCUCUGAAGCACAUGCAGGCCUGGCACUCCGCCCUCGUGAACAUCGUGACUGAGCACAGCACUGGAUGGCGUACUGCUGCCUCGUAUCUGUCUGCUCGAGUGCGCUCUCCUGCUAAGGCUCUGGACUGUAUAGAUGAGCGUGAGCUUUGGAGAGGAGGACUGUGGCUGAGGGAGAGGAAGUUUGUGUCUGAGCUGGUGUUUGAGGGCUUCAGUCUGAAGGUGCAAAGCAGGUCCAGCUGGAGCAGAGUGCUUAAUCCAGAACGCCUCGCUGAACGCAAGCUUCACUCUGAGGUGUUCCACUACUACCAGCCAGUGAUGGAGCUGAUUCAGCUGGUGAAUGUAGCAGAUUUCCCAAUGCUCCUGCAGUCCAGCACUGAGUUUGAGCUCACAAUGUCCAGCAGAUCUGCCAGAGCCAGACUGUUCUAUGACCAGCUACGGACUCUACGUGGAGGGAUGGGGGCGCUGUUUGCUCUGUCGUGUGUAAUCAGCACUGAAGCAUUUCCUCCAGCCUCUCAGCUCAGCGCCAGCAGAUGGAGAGACUUCAUGUCCAAGCGUCCCAAAGUCUUAUCCGUUCCAGAGGUCGAGCUGAAGGGAGAGAAAGGCCACUACCUCCUCUUGGUCCAGGGGGUGGAGUCUGGGGGCUGCAAAGCACGACUGAUGCACUCGGCCAAUCAGAUUAAUGGAACUGUUGCUCUGGGAACGAUCAACGGCCUCAUCCGGGAAACGCUUCUGUCCUCUUCAGGCACCUCUCUCACCAGCGCCUGGCUGCAGUCUCUACCCCGUCUUCAUGGAGAGCAGCUCCUGCACAGGGAGAAGGGUGUAGACCGGGUUCAGAUGCGGGUUCUUCAGGAAUGGCUCCGCAGGAGAGAGGAGGUCCAGAAACCUGCAGCGCUGCCCCUGAAUGAGCUGAAGGUCCUGUUGAAUCUGGCCAGAGAACAGUACCUGAACACCCAGAACACCACCCUGCCCAGAGUGUCUGACAGCGAGCCUGCAGAGCCCAAACACACUCGUCUCACUCAGACUAUGAAGAACACCUCCAGUUCAGACUGGCCUGAGAGGAGUGUCCUGAGGAACUAUGAGAACAUGCAGAAGAUCCGGCACAGGUCCAGGUCCAGCCUGUUCAGUGGCGGAUCUUCGGACAGUCUGAUGGGUCCUAAAGAUGGUCCGAAGAGCGGUUCUGCUCAGCUGGACGCGAGAGAACUGCUCAGACACUUCACUCCUGAUGGGCUUCCAGCAGGAGAGCUGCAGCCUCUGCCGGUCCUUAGAGGGGAGAAUGCUUUCCAGAUGUCCUCUGAUAUCACUCCCCGAAAAGUCACCAAACUGCCGUUCACUCAGGCGUCCAGCAGCCACUACCACGGCCUGGAGUACUGUCUGGACGAGAGGCGGGCUCUAGAGAGGGAUCGGGGGUUUGUUAGGCUGCAGUCUCGGCUGAUCCGGUUCGAGACUCAGACGACAUGCUGCAGAGAGCCCUGCCCCCUGCCCCUGGCACUAAGCCCCGCCCCCACACCCUCACCGGCCCCGCCCUCUGAGACUGACGCAGAGAGCCUGCAGAGUGACCCGCCCCAACACAAGCGGCGUUCACGAGAACCAGACGUUAACUCUCACCAUCACAAGAGGUCAGACAGGUUGUGUAAGUCUGAGAGUAGUGAGUCAGUGUGUUCUCAGGGCAGUGUGAGCAGUGUUACGCACCCCACAGUGCGAGCUCUGAGGCAGCAGGCUGGACGCUCACUCUCCACCUCCAGCACAGCGGACACACACACACCUGGACACACACACGCUGACCCCAAACCCACCUGCAGCCAGCCUGAGUCCCGCUCACAGAAACACAACCGGAUGCUGAAGGAGGUGGUCCUAAAGACGCUGAAGCAUCAUGGGAUCUCCAGUGAUCACAAGUGUUUUCAGACCUGCAGUCGGAGACUUUUUGACGUCUCUAAGCUUUAUCUAAAGGAUCUGAAAACCUCACGGGGUCUGCAUGAGGAAAUGAAAAAAGCAGCUGGUAGAAAUGCCAAACAGGUGAUCGACUGGGUAAUGGAGAAGGACGGCCUGUGAGUGAUGUAAACCUCUGCAGUGUAAACACACCUGAUCAGAACCUGAUCACUUUUUGAUGUUUGCAGAUGUUUCUUGUCUUGUUUUAUGUUCUGUUAAUAUUAGUGUUUUAUUCUAUUUUAUUAUGUUUGUGUUUUAUAUAAAAAAGCUAAAUUCACUUCUUGAAUAUUUAUUAAAGCUUCAGUAAAAAACAGAAG